AUGCACAAUGUUCUUGGAAUACAUGUAAGCAUCGCUAACGGAUUAGUAAACAAUAAGAACUUAACUGUUCAUUGCAAAUCUGGCGAUGAUAAUCUUGGAGUUCAUGUUCUUCCUUUUUCAAAGAAUUUUGGUUGGGAUUUUAAAAGAAACAUAUUUGGCACAACACAAUUCUAUUGUUCCUUUGAGUGGACAGGAGAAUUUCAUUGGUUUGACAUAUACAUAAGCCGAAGAGAUAGAUGUCAAGUUUGCAAUUGGGUUGUAAGCGAAAAAGGACCAAUUACGCAAGUGGGAAGUGGUCUUGUUCAGUAUCCAUGGAAUAAGUAA